AUAGCGGUAAGAAGUAGUAGUGUAGCAGCACCUCAAUCCACUUGCUCUUCCUUGUUUGCCUUUCCUUUUCUUUUAUAUCUUUCGCAUCUGCAAUUUCUUUCACUCUCUCUUCUCUCUCUCUCUCUCUCUCUCUCUCUCACACACACACACUCUACUUGUGAGACACCACACACGAGACCCAAGCAAACAAGGGAACACAGAAAGAAGGAGAAGAAGAUGAUGGGCGUCUCCUCCGCCACCGUCUUCGUUGCUUCCGUCUUCCUCCUCCUCACCUUCUCCUCCGUUCACUCUUUCUACCUUCCCGGAGUCGCCCCGCGAGAUUUCCAAACCGGCGAUCCCCUCUAUGUAAAAGUGAACAAAUUAUCAUCCACAAAGACUCAACUUCCAUAUGAUUACUACUACCUGAAGUAUUGCAAACCUAAGGAGGUCGUGAACAGUGCAGAGAAUUUGGGUGAGGUCCUUCGUGGCGAUCGCAUUGAGAAUUCAGUAUAUACGUUUCAUAUGAGGAAGGAACAGUCUUGUACUGUUGUGUGUCGUGUAACUUUGGAUGCCGAUGCUGCUAAGAAUUUUAAAGAAAAAAUUGAUGAUGAAUACCGAGUAAACAUGAUUCUGGAUAACCUUCCAGUUGCUGUUCUCAGACAAAGGAGGGAUGGAAGUCAGUCAACAACAUAUGAACAUGGUUUUCGUGUUGGGUUCAAAGGAAACUAUCAAGGGAGCAAGGAGGAGAAAUAUUUCAUCAAUAACCACUUGAGUUUUAGAGUCAUGUAUCACAAGGAUUCCGAAACGGAUUCUGCUCGUAUUGUUGGAUUUGAGGUCACACCAAACAGUAUUAACCAUGAAUUCAAGGAGUGGAAUGACAAGAACCCACAGGUGACAACAUGCAAUAAAGACACCAAGAAUUUGAUGCAAGGUAGUACUGUCCCACAGGAAGUUGACACAAACAAGGAUGUUGUAUUCACAUAUGAUGUUACCUUUAAGGAAAGUGAGAUCAAAUGGGCAUCACGGUGGGACACAUAUCUUCUAAUGAAUGAUGAUCAGAUCCACUGGUUCUCCAUCAUUAACUCUCUGAUGAUUGUCCUUUUCCUUUCUGGAAUGGUGGCUAUGAUCAUGAUGAGAACUCUUUACAGAGAUAUUGCCAAUUAUAAUCAGCUAGAAACUCAAGAUGAGGCCCAAGAAGAAACAGGGUGGAAACUUGUCCAUGGAGAUGUUUUCAGGCCACCUGUCAAUUCAAAUUUGCUUUGUGUUUAUGUCGGUACUGGUGUUCAGCUAUUUGGAAUGUCACUUGUGACAAUGAUAUUUGCUUUGCUAGGUUUCUUGUCACCAUCUAACCGUGGAGGUCUCAUGACUGCAAUGGUUCUAUUGUGGGUUUUUAUGGGUUUAUUUGCUGGUUACUCCUCGGCACGUUUGUACAAGAUGUUCAAGGGCACAGAGUGGAAAAAGAAUACCUUGAAAACAGCAUUUAUGUUUCCAGGCAUUCUGUUUGGUGUCUUCUUUGUGCUAAAUGCCUUGAUUUGGGGAGAGCAGUCUUCUGGAGCAGUCCCUUUUGGAACCAUGUUUGCUUUGGUUUGCCUGUGGUUUGGUAUAUCAGUACCCUUGGUCUUUGUGGGUAGUUACUUGGGUUUCAAAAAGCCAGUAAUUGAAGACCCUGUGAAGACUAAUAAAAUUCCCAGGCAGGUACCUGAGCAGGCAUGGUAUAUGAAGCCCGUCUUCUCUAUUCUUAUUGGAGGCAUUCUGCCAUUUGGUGCUGUGUUCAUUGAGCUCUUCUUUAUCUUGACAUCAAUAUGGCUGAACCAGUUCUACUACAUCUUUGGAUUCCUGUUCAUAGUGUUUGUUAUCCUAUUAAUCACCUGUGCAGAGAUUACGAUUGUGCUUUGCUACUUCCAACUUUGCAGCGAAGACUACAAUUGGUGGUGGAGAUCUUACCUCACGGCUGGGUCCUCAGCUUUGUACCUUUUCCUCUACUCAAUUUUCUACUUCUUCACCAAAUUGGAUAUUACUAAACUGGUCUCGGGCAUCCUUUACUUUGGAUACAUGAUUAUCGUUUCAUACGCUUUCUUUGUGUUGACCGGAACUAUCGGCUUCUAUGCUUGUUUCUGGUUCGUCCGCAAGAUCUACUCUUCUGUGAAGAUUGACUAAAAUUACAAGCAUCGUAUAGUGUGGAUGAUUCAAGGUUGAGCACCGAACCUGAGGCUGUAGGACUUUGAAGCAAAUACAGCAGGGAAGUUCUUUUCCCCCUCCCCUGAAAACCCCCCUUUUUGUUUAUUGUUUAGUGUAGCAGUUGGACUGUUAAUUUGUUAAACCCGUUUCCAUAUAUUACUGUAGUUGCUUAAUCCAUGAGAGAUGUAUGCAUAUUUCUACAUGUCCAUGUCAUAGCAUAGUUAUAUGAUUUUCGAUCAGCA